CUGACGCUGCCCUGGCGAUGGCAGCGCUGCCAUGGCAGCCUUGGGGUCCUGCCAGCUGCUGCACAAGGCCCUGGAAGGGAGCAGCAGUGAAGGCCCCGCAGCAGCACCUCGGCUCUUGGAGGAGGUGUGAGCAAAGGUUGGCCAGCACUUGGAUCCAGGUGAUUAGAAGCCAUCCGUAGUCCUUUGUGCUUGGGACAGCUGCUCAAAGGACCCUGUUCCUGCAGAAGGAUGGCUGCAAAGAAAAAGGAGGUGGCGCUGCAGAUUAACAUUACCAGCCAGGAGCUUUGGGAAGAAUUGCUGUGUCUCAAAGGACUUAUUGUUGUUGAUGUGUUUCAAGCCUGGUGUGGCCCAUGCAAACCAGUAGUGAAUCUGUUCCAAAAAAUCAGGAACGAAGUUGGCAGUGAUCUCCUGCAUUUUGCUGUGGCUGAAGCUGAUUCCAUUGAUGCUCUGGAAAAAUACAGAGGACAAUGUGAGCCUGUCUUUCUCUUUUAUACAGGAGGAGAAUUAGUGGCUGUGGUAAGAGGAGCAGAUGCACCAUUGCUGCAGAAGACCAUCCUGAAACAGCUGGCAGGGGAAAGGAAGGGUUUACGUGGAGGAGAGCCUGUGGUGGGGCCAGACAGAGCCUUCUCCAGAGACAGGGAAGCACAGCUCACCCUCAGGAGGAACAGCGGGAAGGACUAACAGGGAACAUUUUUUCUUGGCUUUGCUGGGACAGUGCUGCAUCCUGGCCCUGUGCACACCAAAUCUUCGGCUCCAGAAUGCGGGAAUCGAAGCAAAAUCCUCCUGGCUUUACCUGAAGCACCAUGAGAUGCAGGGGCGUGAGGGAUGUUGGUCUCUGCCUCUCCUUUCUGCGCCUAUUGUUAAUUUUGUCCAUUUUCUUCCCUCGGAGGCUGACGCAUCCAUCGGGUCCGGGAUGACAAGCGCAGUCGUGGAGCAGAUGCGAACGUUUUCAAUAAAUACAAGAUUUUCGUGUGGUAGCA